AUGGCUCACUCACCCACCCUCACAGCACUAUGCUCGCUCCUCAUGCUCGCCUCACUAUCUCUGGCCACCGCAGCAAACUUCGAGAUCGUCAACAACUGUCCCUACACGGUGUGGGCAGCGGCCAGCCCCGGCGGCGGGCGGCGCCUGGACCGUGGGCAGACGUGGAAUCUGUGGGUGAACCCGGGCACCGCCAUGGCCCGCAUCUGGGGCCGCACCGGCUGCAACUUCGACGGCAGCGGGCGCGGGCGGUGCCAGACGGGCGACUGCACUGGCGGCCUGAACUGCCAGGGCUGGGGCGUCCCUCCCAACACCCUGGCGGAGUUCGCCCUCAACCAAUACAACAACCUUGACUUCUACGACAUCUCCCUCGUCGACGGUUUCAACAUCCCCAUGGAUUUCUACCCCGUGAACGGUGCCUGUCACAAAAUCAGUUGCACCGCGGACAUUAACGGGCAGUGCCCAGGCCCAUUAAGGGCCCAAGGGGGAUGCAACAACCCCUGCACUGUCUUUAAGACCAACGAGUAUUGCUGCACCAAUGGGCAAGGAACCUGCGGGCCCACUACCUACUCCAAGUUCUUCAAGGACAGGUGCUAUGACGCCUAUAGUUACCCUCAGGAUGACCCAACAAGCACCUUUACGUGCCCUGCUGGUUCUAACUACAGGGUUGUUUUCUGCCCUCUUGGGAAUACUCUUCUUCUUCAGAUGCCUCGUAAUACCACCAAUCAAUAUUGA